AACAUAAAUUUGAAAAGAAAAUGUGGAAAAGUUCUAUUCUUUUUGCAGUGUUUUCCUUCUGUUUCUUACUUCCAUUGAGUUAUGCUUCGGCAAACCAAGUAUGGGGAAUGAGAUCAGCUAUUACACCAAUAUUUGCUACAUCUGCUUUUGAUCCUGAAAGCCUUUGCGAUGGCUCUUAUGGUUCAAUUUGUGGUGAUUGUUUCAACACUGUAUUUUGUUUAGGGCGCAAUGGGAAUCACAAAGUAACGCAAUGUGACAAUGAAAGGAAAUACUGCAACAAAGAGCUCAAUAUGUGCGUGACUGAUCCACCUGCUAAUCAAUCUGACUGUCUCACUGGACCAACAACAAAUUUCAAUUGCAUGGGCACCGGAUUCUUUCCUCAUCCCACAAAUUGCAGCAUCUUCUACGAAUGCCUCGACAGUGGAGUGGCUUUUGAGAAUACCUGCCCACCUGGGUAUUCGUGGACUGGCCACGAAAUGGCAUGCCAACAGAAGUUAACAACCAAGGAUUGUGGAACGGUGAACUGUCGACCAUAUCCUGAUACAUUUCAGCUUCUUUCAACAAAUAGCGCCUAUUAUGCGUACUGUGACUUCAUUGUAAAUGGACAGCAGGAGGUUUUAAUGUUUAAAUGCCAAAGAGAGAAUGAAGUUUUUAAUUUAGCAAAACUCACUUGUGAAUUUGCCUGCCCAGAGGAAAAACUCUAUGCUGAUCCUGACAAUAAUAGUUACUACUACCAUUGCUACAAAAGUGGCGCGAAUCUUGUCUAUCAGUACAAGCAGUGUACUGGAGGAAGAGUAUUUUCUGAACCAGAUCAAAAUUGUAAAUUUGCCUAAAAGAACUUUAAUAAAUUCGUAGAAGGAAAUUAGCUUAGUUGACAGGGGAGAUUUUUUAAGAAACAACCUAAGUUCCAACUGAAAAACCCCUAUUUCGUCGUUUAAAAUUUCAGCAAUAGAGUUUUACUGCUUUUAAUAAAAUUUCUGUUUAGUUUUUUAUUAAAAGAACA